UGGAAAGCCCCAGCUCAGUGCUGCGCCAUGUCGCGGCUGGGUCGGAGUUGGAGGAGGCUCCUGACCCUUGGGCUGUUUGGCCUCUGCCUAGAUCUAGAGAAGCCAUUCAGCCAGCCGCCGGUUGCUGUGAGGGAUGCAGAGCCAACGGCCAGAAGAAGCAACGAUGAGUGGUUUUCCUUCGGCAACUCUGUAAUCAUCGUCGGAGCCACCGCCGGCGAGGCUUAUGAGGUUUACGCCAACUUGCAGAAUCACCCCGAGUGGUCCACCAUGUUGUCCCGUGUGGAGGUUCACAACAACGCUCGUUCCAGCACCUGGUCCCUGCAGGCCUUGGGUUUCUCCUUAUCCUGGACGGCAGAUAUCACUAGACAGGUCCCCUCGCGAUUGAUCAGUUGGGAGUCCACCAGCGGCUUGAAGAAUGCGGGCGUGGCCUCCUUUUCGCCGCUCAUGGUGAAGGGCUCACCCUCCUGCAGCGUUGCAGUGCAGAUGAGCAUCCGAGCGCCUGGAUUUCUAAGGCGGCUCUUCCAGUCGCGGCGCCUCAGUGCUUUGGCGGCCAGUGCCAUCAAGAAGGACUUGGAAGGCUUUCGCCAAGUGGUCCUGGCUCGAGCGACCACCAGCGCACUUGUCGGCGACGUCGCUGUCAAGCUGGCGCCCUUGACGAACCACACCUAUAAAGAUGGCCUUGGCUCCUGUCAGGUGCUGGUGGAAGGCAACGGCACUAUUGAGAUCCAGGUGCGUGGCUUUGGGACCAGCGAUUCCACCAAGAAAUUGCUGGAGGAUUGCGCCAAUGCCAUGGGCAAACUGGACGACAGACAAAGAUGUACAGCCGUGGUCGAUUUGACCAAAGGUGUUGGAUGUUCACCUCUAGCGGUGCCAACCAUCAUCAGCUUCCUGCAGCACAAUGGGGGCCGCAUCACACGAACGGCGGUGCUUGGGCCUCGACCCCUGAUGGCUUUGGCUCAGAUGAUCUCCAAAUUGGCCCGUCAGUCGGGCGUGGCCUUCUUUGUGGAUCGCGCUGAAGCGGAUCGAUGGUGCGCUGAAACCGAUGACGAGGCUGACCAGGUUUGAGUCGUCCACUUCGAAACGCGCGGUUUCUGAAUGCCCCGGCGAUUUUUCGUCUUUCGCCACGUUGGGCCAUAUUUCCAAAGAUUCCGUUGAGUGCAAACCUGGU